GCAGUGGUUGGUGACCUGUGGUCAGUGGACGUAAUGGGACCAUUUCCGCAGACGUCUAAUGGCAACCAAUACCUGUUGGUGAUGACGGAGCAUGCUACACGAUGGGUAGACACUGUCGUGCCUCCUGAUCAACGCGCGAAGACAGUGACCACAGCGGUGAUACCGCAUAUUAUCGCGGAUCACGGUGUGACGAAGAUGAUACUGACCGACGACCAAGGUCCUUGUUUUGAGAGUGAAGAAUUUAAAUCCUGUUUGGAGCAGCUUGAUAUCAAGAGGACAAGAAUGACGCCGUACCACCCACAGACUAACGGUUUGACAGAACGGAAUAACCGUACACUGAAGGAGUGGCUAGCUUCGAAAGGAGGAAAUUGGGAGAAAAAACUGCUGUUAGUAUUAUUAGUUCAUCGUGCCUCGGUACAAGGAACAACCAAGAAGUCGGCGUCCCAGUUAAUGUAUGGCAGGAAACCACGGCUCCCGAUACAUAGUAAGACCUGGCCCCAACAACAGCCUUGGAACAUGACAAGGCUGAGAGAGGAGCGGAAACAGGCUAUCAGGAAUGUGGAACGAAAGCAGAAGGCUGAUGCUGAAAAAUCUGAGCAGAGAGAAGGAAGUAAAUGGAAACUAUUUGAGGUUGGAGAUCAGGUGAAUUGUAAAGAACGAGGAUAUACGUCAGGAGGUGAGUAUGGCAGAAGGAAACUACUUCCGAAGUGGGAAGGACCAUACAUCAUUACCGAGAGACUUGGUUCAAUUUAUACCAUCAAACAAGGGAACAAAGAGAAAAGAGUAAACGCCAGACUACUUCGAAAAUGGAAGCAGUGGGAAAAAGACGAAACAGCGAGUGAAAACCAAGAGAAGACAGCACCAAGACGAUCAUUAUCAACAUAGGACCAGG